AUGGCAGAUAAUGCAAAGUCAUUCGUGAACAAAGAUGUAAUAUAUUUGCUACGACAAUAUAAUGUGAGGCUUCAUACGUCAACCCCAUACUAUCCUCAAGGGAACGGCCAAGCCGAAGCGAGCAAUAAGACGCUCAUCCGGAUCUUGAGCAGGACAGUGGAGGAUCACCCCCGAGAGUGUCACGAACAGCUCCCACCCGCGGUAUGGGCAUACAAAAUCUCGAAACGAAGUUCCACCGUGGCGUCGCCAUAUUCUCUGGUCUACGGGGAGGAUGCAAUUUUACCGCCGGAGAUUGCGAUUCCAUCUGCUAGAGUAGCAAUGGCUAGUCAUAAGACACCAGACGAAGUGAGCCACUUUGCCCAUUUAGAUACAAUAGAAGAGAGGAGAGCCCGGGCGGAACGGUUCUCUAAGGCAUACAGGAAGCGCACAUCGAACUAUUAUAAUCAGAACGUAAAGGAAAGAAGAUUUGAGGUAGACGAUUUGGUCCUCAAGAUUGAUCCUAACGUGCAAAGAAAUGCUAGUGCAGGGAAAUUCGCCGCGAACUGGGAAGGACCCUUCAGAGUAAGGAAGGUAGCAUAA